UACAGUGGUGGUUGACGAACUUCGGGGGACAGAUGCAUGUGUCAUGAUCAGCUUAUAAGCUAGUGCAUACAAAGGUCUGAGACGCCCUGUCUUAGUAAAUCGUGAGUACAGAGAAUUGAAUUCGUGUUUGGUCUGGGUUCCCUAUCUUAUGUCUUCUUCCACGUCUGUCACUUCCACACCCACAGACAUCCGCUCCAGCUCCAGCUCAUCGCCCGGCGUUGCGAUUUCAGCCUAUUCCUUUGGCUUUCUCCUCAUAUCAGUUGUUUCCCUGUUCAUCAUCAUUUCGUGCUGUUUUGUUCGUUGUCGGUCUGGCGCGUUUCCCGGUACAUCUUGGGAUACGACAGAGCAGCUGGACGGAAGGGGCGGUCGACGAAGGAAGUUGGUACCUCCGGUUUUGUGGGAUGCUUGGCUGAGCCGCCCUCCUGCAUCGACCAAGGAAGUCUUGGGUGCGGGUCAGUUUGAAUGGUCGAGUAUUCAGGUAUGCACCAGUGUUCUGUUGCCUUUUGUGUCUGAUAAUCGCUUUCAACAGCCUGUAUACGUAUCUCUCAUCCACGCGUGCUGCUCUCGGUCUGCACGUCAAUUUGCAGUAGCUGAGUCAGAAGUACCUGCAGAUCAUUCUACUGCGGCACGGCCUCCUCCCGAUGAUUCCCAGCCUUCUUCGCCCUUACCUCCGCGAAGACGAUUUGCAUUCCUUCUCGCACAUCCUUUUAACUUCCAUAUGUGGCCACGGCGACGCUCACGCACUCAUCAUAGAUCAGCGGCAUCCGAAAAGCCCACAGAAGAUGAGACUGAGAAUCACCCAGAAGCUGUAAAGAUCGCUGUGAUGAUCUCUAUGCCUUCUUCCGCCUUCAGAUGUUGGAACCAUGGAGGGGGUCCUUCGUGUCAGUCUACUGGCCCAGACGAUGCGCUGCGAGAAUAUCAGAUUGGGGUUGCGCAAGUUCCAUGGAUACAUGGCGAGUGUACUCGAUGUUGACAUGAUCUACGUUCUUCUUUUCUGCUACCAGCCCCCAGCGUGUGGACGUAGUCGCUCACGUCCGCUUGAAACAUGUGCAUAUGACAUGUACGUAGUAAUAUAACUACAAGAUUAAGUUG